AUGUCUACCUAUCUUGUCACUGGAGCAACGGGCUUCCAGGGCGGUGCAGUAGUCACCGAACUGUUGGCCGCCGGAAUGAAUGUUCAUGCUGUGGUUCGCAACAAGUCAUCCACAGCAGCUAUUGCUCUCCAGGACCGAGGCGUUGUUCUGUUCGAAGGUACCCAUGAGAACCCAGACACAGUUUUUCGCGAGGCGGCUGCUGGUUGUACAGGUCUCUUCUUCAACCCAACCAUUUUCGAUCCCAAAGGAGCCAAAUCACACGCGGAAGCGAUCAUUCAAGCGUGCAAGGCUGGAGCUGGAGAGACCCUCAGCAGUAUCGUCAUAUCUUCAACUUACCGUACAGCUGAAAUGGGUAAAAAUCUUCACGUCACAGCAGAGAUCCAUCCUUUCCUGGAGAAGUACUAUGCAUCCAAAGUAGAGGUUGAGGCCGCGGUUCGGGACAGUGGAAUUUGCCAUAUCACGAUCCUUCGGGCGCCCGUACUGAAUUAUGACUAUCUAUUGCCAACUUCGGCCAAGCCUUCCGCGCCUUUUCCGCUGUUGCCACGGUCAGGGACACUAACGACCUCGUUGAAUGAGGGACUGACGAUGCCACACCUGGAUGAGAACGACAUUGGUAGAUUCGCCACCGCAGCGCUGUUGAGCCCUGCGAAGUUUAGUGGACAUGAAAUCGAACUGGCAGGCGACAACCUAUCGCCAGCCGAUGUACGAGAUAUCCUGGUUAAGGUCAGUGGUAUCGAGCUCAGACUCCAUAAGCGCACGGCAGAACAGCUGGAAGAGAGCAAAGAUAGAGAGUUCUUUCAAGUGUUCGAGCUGCUGACAAACCGUAUCCCGUGCACCAUCGAUGUUGCGGCUUUAGAGGAGAAAUACGGGAUUAAGUUGACGAGGUUCGAGCAGUAUUUGAGGAGAAAUAAGGACAAGUUGAUUGACUCGCUGCCGCCUCGAUCAAUGGCGACUUUCUGA